AUGAUGCACCAUUUACCGUUGGGCUUGUACUACAGCCCGGAACAGCUGAAGAACUUCUACAACACGGAACAACUAAAGAUGCUCUAUGGAAGUGAACACCUCAAGUCGUUCUACGGGCACGAGCAUCUGAAGGCGCUCUACAACCACGAGCACUUUAAGACGCUGUGUAACGCUGAAGCGCAGCUCAAGAGUCUAGUCAGUCAAGAACAUAUGAAGUCUCUCUCCGGAAGUCCGGAGGCCAUCGGAAAGUCGCUGCCAACGUCGCCGUUGAUGGCCGGAAGUCCACCGACCAGCUCACCAUCGGCGUCUUCGAUGUUUUCGAUAGACAACAUCUUGUCACAGAGUCGGCCGAUGCUGACCCACCGGCCAACGCCGACGUAUCCGUACCCUUACCCGCCCGUUCCACAACUCGCACCAGAAAUGUUCGCCGCCGUCUACCAUCCGCUGCAGAGCUUCCUGUCGCCGAUGGAGCUGAUGCGCGCCGGUCAGAAACGGAAGAGACGUCACAGGACGAUCUUCACGGAGGAGCAGCUGGAGGAGCUGGAGACGACGUUCAACAAGACUCACUACCCGGAUGUGCUGCUCCGGGAGGAACUCGCCAUGAAGGUGGACCUUAAGGAGGAGAGAGUCGAGGUUUGGUUCAAAAAUCGUCGUGCAAAAUGGCGCAAGACAAAACGAGAGGAGGAGGCUGCCAGGCGAUCUGAAGAGACGAAGAGAAAACCGUCGCACGCAACUUCCGGUUUGUCGUCGUCUGCUGCGCAGGAAUCGGAACGCGUGCACGUUGAUGUCUGCGAGGAUCGAGAAAUCGCGUCCGAUAACGAGGCUACCGCCGUCUCAGAGAUUUCCUAUUCCUCCAAGGGCAACCGGAAUGACAGUUAUUGUGAAAGUGACGUGUCGAGUCCAUCUAGUCCGUCGAAUUUAGACUGCAACCCCGCUUCCGGUGACGAGCAAGAUUUGUCACAUGAUCGAUCACGUGAGGGAUCGUCUUCUUGAGAACCAACCACUGCCGUUGGUUUUGGUUUUCGAUUUUCUCCCCUGGUUUGAAUACUCACGGUCGGCCAAUCCAGGUCGCGAAGCGCGAAAAUACGCAGUUUGCUGGUUCAGUUCAGUAGCACAGUGCAAAGGUGCCAGUGACGGGAACUAAGCAUGUGUAUCCGCGGCCGGUCAGGCUGUGCGUAGCAAACUCUCGCUCAGAAUACUGCAGAGGCUAAUUGACGCAUAAAUUAGACUUACGUUUCUAAAUAAUUCU